AUGAACAAGUUAUUUGCGUUCAUUGGUCUUUUCUUUAUUGUGAACCACAUUUGGGCACAAGAUUGUGCGAUUUGUGAGAAACAAAUGGAACAAGUUGUAAAGCGAAUGGGCGGUGAUUGGAAGCAAAUCACGGAAGAGAACAUUAAAGAGCAAAUGAUGAAAGAUUGCUUAGAGCAAGAGAACGAGGAAAAGGCUUGCAAGAAACAUUACGAGUUUAUGAAACCCCAAAUGGAUGUCCUGGUGAAAGGAGCGGCUGAUGGGAAAAAAGCAGACGAAAUUUGUCGAGAUGCUGUGAAAUGUCAAAAGAAAAAAGAA